AUGGAAUUGGAGGCCGUGGGGAAUCUGGGGAUGCACAUAAUACUCUCAAAAUUGGGCCCAUCUGAUGUUGCGUCUGUGAGCUGCGUCGGAAAGAUAUUUCACGUUUGGGCCUCCGACGACUCCCUUUGGGCCAAAUUCUGUUCCUUUGAUCUUGAGCUCUUUUCGCCGCUUGAUCCCCACGGGAACCCCGCCCCUUCUUUCAAGGCAGCUUAUCUAGCAUGGCGAGAAGCAUUUGCUAUGUAUCCAUGGUCACUGGUUAUACGAGCAAAACGAUGCUGGAGCAAACUCAAAAGCUGGUUAGCAGUGAACUUUCCAGAGGUUUUGCCUACUCUACGCGACGGUGCAUCCGAAGCUGAGAUCGAUGAGUUUGAGAAUUCUAUGAAAGUAAAAUUGCCUCUUCCUACAAGGCUUCUCUAUCGUUUUUGUGAUGGUCAAGAACUACCAAAUGAAGAGUUUAAUGGAAGCUUUCCUUCAACUUUGUUGGCUUCUGCCACCCACAGUGAAAAGAUUUUCCUCCUGAACUGUAGCACUGGUCAACUUUUUGUUGGUACGAGGAAUCUUGCCGAUGGAGAAAUGCUUCCUUGUGUGCCAGAUACAUUGAUAAGUUUGGUGCAUGAAUCAAAAGGUAGUGAACAACAGGAUGCCAUGCUAUUAUGGCUAGAAGAACAUGGUCGUCGCUUGCAUGAUGGCACUAUUAAGGUUCGCCAAGAAGGAAAGAUCAGAAGCAUCAAUCUGUUCCCGGAGCAUCCUCCCCUAUGUUCCUCAGCUAUUACAAAUGGCGUCAAGGUCCGUGCUUCAGCUGCAUUUGUACCUGAGUUCAGUAACCUUCAAGAUGAAUCAGAGAAGUUUUUGUUUGCUUAUUCGAUCCGCAUGUCUCUUUCCCCUAGUGGGUGUGUCAUCAAUGGAAUGAAAUUCAGUUCUUGCCAGUUGUAUUGGAGACACUGGACUAUAUGUGCUAAUGAUGCUGUUGUAUCAAUUGUCAAUGGAGAAGCUGUAAUCGGAAAGUUUCCACUACUACAUCCUGGUGAGGAUGAAUUUGUUUACGAGAGUUUCACACCUCAGCCAUGUUCUCAAGGAUCUAUUGAAGGAUCGUUUACUUUUGUCCCUGGAAGAUUGGCAGAUCCGAAAGGAGACCCGUUUGAGGUUGAAGUAGCACGGUUCCCUCUGCAGUUACCAGACUACAUUUUCUGA